AUGGCCGCCGAUCAAGACAUCAGCAUUUCCACAGACAGUCAAAAGUCCCUCCAACAUCUCUCAGAUCUCAUCCAUCUCUUCAACCACCGGAACAAGAAUCAACAUCGUCGCAGUAUCUGGUGGCGGCAAUUCUCCACCUUCCGCCAUCAGAUCGACUCGCUCUGUGCAGAUAUAAGCUCACUGAACGAAGUUCCGACUACCAACCUCGGCCGUGCGAAGAAGAAGGUCAACGAUGCCCGAAUCAUCUCCAAUACAGAGAAGCGUCUAGUCUUCUGGCAGGAAGUCAUGGUAUCGAAAUGGCAGCAUGCCUUCUCUCAACUAAUCGCAGAUGGAAGAUUCUCGGUUCUAGGACUCGUGCUGCUUGCUGUACUUUCUGAAGUAUGUCAGAUCGUGGGUGUUACGGCACGGCUGGAGGAUCUGGGUCAGAUUGAAGUUGAGAAGGUGCUUCAGGAGUUCGGGAGGGAGGAGUGGGGUGUAGACGGUGCCGUAACGAGAAGUCUGGAUUCCGCGCGAGAGGACCAGGGAGAAGUCAUACAGCGAGAUGAUGGUGACAUGGAUGCUGCAAUCCCUGCACAGGAAGCAGUAUUACCUAAACCCAAGGCUGGAACGAAACGAGUCAAGGAGACCUCUGCGAAAACAAGCAAGAAGAAGCGUAAGAAAGGAGGGGAUGCCAUCGACGACCUGUUCAACUUCUAA